AUGGAGUGGGGGAUGCUCGCCAUGAGCGUGUCCAUUGCCUUGGCCGGCCUGGGCAUGGGCCUGGGCCUGGGCCUGGGCCUGUCAAACCUCGGACGAGGCGUGGAAGGCAUCGGAAACGGUCUGUCCGACGCAGGCCGCAGCAUGGAGCGUGGGCUGCGCGGUAUGUUCUCAGAGACUAAUUCUCCACGCCCCAGGGCGCGUGUGCACCGCCUGAAGGCUGCAAGCUGCAGCAAGGUGCCGCAGCGCCCCUCGGUGCUAUGCACCCUCAGCGACAGGGACCUGUCCUCUGAGCUGCCGGCCGACGGCCUCACCGAUGGCGUGGAGAUGGUGGGGCCCGGCGAGGUCGUCUGCCGCACGGUGCGGCUCGCCAGCGGCAAGACCAAGUCGGUGUGCCGCCGCAACAGCGCGUAA